UUUUUCCAGGCGGCGGCCUGCACAGCUGUUCUUGCAUUAUUACGUCAAAACAAAAAGUUCUGUGACAUCAAGUUUAAGAAAUGUGUUAAAUAAAAAGCAAGACUAACUUAAUACGUGCACAAACAAGUCAUAUGUAACUUUUCUAGUGUAUCUGGAAGAACGUAAAAUAUGCUGCCUUUAGCCAUGCAACAGGCGUCUUGACAGACAGCAGACGCAGGGAAUUCCAGUAAAAAACGUCCAGGCAAGGCUGGGGCAGUGCAUCUCAAACUGCGCAAUAGACAUGCAGCUUUCAUUUGCCGCCGAAUCUUAAGCCAACCAACGUCAAGUUCAAAAUCAGCGCGCUCGGUUUUCGUCUUUUCGUCUGGUUGUCGCAUUUCAACACACUCCCAUACAAACUCACCACACAAAUAGCAACGGCCGCGCAGGCGUAGCCAGGCAAGCUACGUGCGCAGACAGCAGUAAAACGCGAAACACUUCACUGAAGCUGCUGCAGUUGGACGCAAGCACCGCGCUUUGCCUGUCUCCAAUCUUUGUCCCGUCGUCGUUCGUUAUUGCGCGUGUUGUGUACGUCUGUAUAUGUAUCUGUGUCUGUGCAUAUUUCUGUAUUCUGUUUCUGUGUCGUCUAUUUUGAAUCGGAACAUAAGCCUAUAAUAAUGCUGUUCGAAGUUUAACAAAUAUUUGUUCAUGUUUCAUCACAAUUUGUAGGCUUGGAGCAGCGAAGCUUUGCAAUUUUAAUUGCAAGGGGUUUGAUUCAUUUAACGAGAGGCCCUCGUUUUAAACGGAUAAAUAAAAAACCCAAAUCAACAAAAUCAUAUCAAAAUAAAUCGAAAUAAACAAAUGGCCUGCUUAAGUACUUCCGGUCGAGUCGCGUGCGGUUCGCGUCGCCAACAAGCGCACAAAUUUAUUUGUCGGUUAUUCCUAAACCCCAGCUUGCGUCGGCAGAGCAGCCACCUGUCAGUUGGUCCAGCGCCCGCUGAAGGACAUGCUAGGAAAUACGCACACACACACAAUCCGCAAUUGGCUCGUCGCUUUUAUGGAUUAAGUCUCGGCACUAACCAGGAUAACCUCAGCCUGCUGCAAAACUCACACAACUGCAGUAACAACGCACAGUACUCGCCCCAAUCAAUGCAGAGUUUACGCACACAGAGCUCCGUUCACACACAGCAACCGGCUGGACCCGUGAGAGAAAUACAAAUUGAUCCAUAUAUAAUACUCGAUGAUGAGCUAAAGUAUUUCUACGACGAUGUGAGAGACUUGCUGCAGUCGGGAACAUCGCAGUCAGAAUUGGAUACCAUAGCAUGCUACUACUUUGAUGGCCAGGGUAAGGCGCUGCGUCCUAUGGUGACCAUGCUGAUGGCCAAGGCAUUGAAUUAUCAUCUGAACAACGAAUCACACCAAUUAGUACACAAGCAACGACAGAUAGCCCUCUUCUCCGAGAUGGUCCACUCGGCCAGCUUAGUACACGACGAUGUCAUCGAUCAGUCGGACUUUCGGCGCGGCAAGCCCAGCGUUAAUGCUCUAUGGAAUCACAAAAAGGUCACAAUGGCUGGUGAUUACAUAUUGUCGAUUGCCUCGAUUAUGAUAUCGCGUCUGCGCAGCGAUGAUGUGACGAUCGUAUUGAGUCAAAUUUUAACAGAUUUGGUUCAAGGCGAAUUCAUGCAGCUCGGCUCGAGGGAAACGGAGAACGAGCGCUUUGCACACUAUCUGACCAAGACCUACAGGAAGACCGCAUCAUUGAUUGCGAAUGCACUGAAGGCGACCGCCGUCAUCGCCCAGGCCGAUGACAAUGUUGCCGAGGUGGCCUUUCAAUAUGGACGCAAUAUUGGUCUAGCCUUUCAGCUGGUAGACGAUAUGCUGGAUUUUGUCUCUUCCACAGAGCAAAUGGGCAAGCCAACAGCAGCUGACUUAAAACUGGGCCUGGCUACAGCGCCGGUCCUCUUUGCAUGCGAAAAGUAUCCCGAGCUAAACCCAAUGGUAAUGCGUCGCUUCAGCGAACCGGGCGACGUAGAGCGAGCCUUCGAGCUGGUACACAAAUCGCAUGGUCUAGAGCAAACGCGUUUUCUGGCUAAGAAGCACUGCAAUGAGGCGAUACGUCUGGCACAGGAGUUGACGGAGUCUCCCUAUCAAAAGGGGCUCCAAGUUGUUGCCGACUUAGUCAUCAAUCGUAUGAAAUAGGAUUGAUAAAAUAUAUACAAAUUAAUAUAUACACAUAUGAAAUUAAGUUAUAAGCAGGCAGGCAACACGUAAUGCUAGUUAAGUCAACAAAUGAGAGAAACAAGCAAAAAUUUGUAGGAAGAAAACUAGAAAAUGGUAAAGACAACAUUUAUUAUUUAGUUUUUAAGCAUUGUUGUUGACACUGUAAAUAAUUGCAUAAAAUGUAAACAAAAUUUUGUAAGAAAUUAACUGGCGGAAAUACGAUUCACGUACGUUGUAUAUACAAACAUGAACAAUUCAAAAAGAAUUUUUAUUAAACUUGAUAUGCAAUGUUUUUGAAAA